AUCUGAUAUUUCAGUAUUAGAUGUUUCUGUCAAACGUUCAAGAUGUUAUAGAAGCCGCAACUUGGGACAUUGGCUGAACUACGAUACGAAAUGGCUCGGCACAAGUCAAGCAAAUGCUUAGCCAGCAGAUGCACACAGUACCGAGUCUCAGAUCACAAAUGCACCCGUGCUUCAAUUUGCAAGCAGAUAGUUAGCCCGCUGCGCUUAAAUAUCUGCGUUAGGAAAUGAGCCGAAGUGAAAACGAAGGCAUUCCCCACCAUAAAAACAAACCGUCACACGAAAAGGAUAACUCGCCGCAGAUGGACCUAUAAAGUCAUUCGGCUCACUCCACCAUCUCUCCAGAAGUCCUCAGAUACUCUUAAGUGACCGACUCAACCUGCUUAACCCGUUCAAAUGGUUUACACCGGUCACUGUAAUUGUGCGAAUGUCCGCAUCACCUUGCCCAGGCAACCUGCCAACUCGGUGAUAUGCCACUGCUCUAAUUGUAAAAGAGCCGGAGGAGGACUCUUUUCAGUUAACUAUCUCGUCGACGAGAGUGAAAUGACCGUUGAAGAUCCUGGCAACGUGAAGAAAGUUUACCAGGACCCAAACACUCGAUCAGGAACCAAGAUCUCGCGUCAUUUCUGCUCGAACUGUGGGAGCCCAUUGUAUACACUCACGCCCGGAAAACCCGGCAAGGCAUUCUUGAAGGCACCUCUAUUUGAGAGAAUUUCUCCUCCGAGUAUGGCGGUGUUUGAGGAGAAACAGGAGGAAUGGGCCAAGGUUCAUUUGUGAAGCUGAUGGUGAUGUUGCGGAGUACUUAGUGAUUAAAGCUCCAGUGCAGGGAAUCCAUGUAUGGAAUCAAUCUAGAUUUGCGGUACAGUACCAUGGAUAAGG